UCUGGCGCCAACUCGCCAACCACAGACUAUAUCCAACCUAUUUUGACGUGUGCUGUGAAAAAAGUGCUAAGUUAAACAGUGGCGAAUCGAAUAGUGUGGCUAAUUCAAAACGUGUAUGAAAUGGACUGAGAAAGCAAAACAAUGAGUGAGCGUAAAGGCAAUUCAUGAAGAUAAUGCUACAGACGAAAGUUUAUGAAAAUUAGUAUUUUCACCACAAUUAUAGGAACAAAACACAGCUACAUUGUUUUGUAAAUACCAAAGCAUAAACAACAGUGAAUAGACAUGAGUGACAAGAAGCUGAUUAGGACUAGCUCUUUAAAACAACCUGGAAGUGUGAGAAAGAGAAACCGACAUGUAUUCAUUAGGGUGCCUGAUGCAGACAGGGAUAGACCCUACAAGCUUCGCACGAAGCUGGUCAUCACGGGGCUGACUGUCCUGGUCUUGCUGUCAGCCUUGAGUGGAUACCUCAUCGGCAGCAACGACUACCACAACUGGAAGAACUCUGAGCCACCAGACCCAGUGGAGCCUCUUCUACCUUCGGCUUCCUGGCUGCACACCUUCCAGAAGGCAGCUGUCUGCACUGACGCACCGCACUGCUCCCAGAUUGGCAGACAAAUCCUCACGAAAAAUGGUUCGGCAGUGGACGCGGCGAUCGCUGCUAUGUUCUGCAACAGCCUGCUCAACCAGCAGAGCAUGGGCAUCGGCGGGGGCUUCUUCAUGACGGUGUACAUCAAGCAGGAGGAGAAGGCAUACACCGUCAACGCCAGGGAGACCGCACCAGCCGCCGCUACGCCUGACAUGUACCAUGGGGAUUCGGAUAAAGCCAAAAAAGGUCCAUUAGCAGUGGGAGUCCCAGGAGAACUCCGGGGUAUGUGGGCAGCUCACCAGCGAUGGGGUCGCCUCCCGUGGGAAAGCCUGGUCGCCCCAACGCUGGACUUUUGCAAGAACGGCUACCAGAUCUCCAAGGCGCUCUAUGAUGGCAUCAAUACCGCUUCCUGGAUCAAGAAUGACCCUAACCUCAGCAAAGUAUACGUCACACAAGACAAGUUCAGGAAAGAGGAGUUCCAGAAGCCUGGAGUGAUCGUGAAGCCGGCAGAGGCUUACUGCAACACCCUCCGAAGGAUCGCCGAGAAGGGAGGAGACGAGCUCUACAAUGGAAGUCUGGCGAACGACUUCUUGGAUGACCUGAAAAGAGCUGGAAGCAUUAUCACCGCUGACGAUCUGAGGAACUACGAGGCCAAGAUCAGCGAGCCGAUUUCAUUCUCGAUCGGCGGCGGGGACACCCUUUACGCCCCUCCCCCUCCUAGCAGCGGGCUCAUCCUGGGUUACAUCCUUAAUGUGCUUAAAGGAUACAAGUUCACCAGGGACAGUAUCAACAGCACGCAGGACAAGGUGCUGUCGUACCACAGGAUUAUUGAAGCGUUCAAGUACGCGUACGCAACUAGGACUAAGCUGGGAGAUGCGGCCUUUUUGGAUCUGAACGAGCUGAUAGCCGACGUGUCAAGACCAGAGUUCGGCGAUUCCAUCCGAGAGAAGAUCAAUGAUGCCCAUACCAGCAAUGACUCCAGCGUGUAUGGGGCCGUGCGCUACACCAAGGAGGAUGCCGGCACCGCCCACAUCUCCAUCAUAGCUGGCAACGGAGACGCUGUAUCUGUCACCAGCUCCAUCAACUUCUACUUCGGCGCCGGUUUCACAACUCUCAAUACGGGUAUAGUGAUGAACAACGUCAUGGACGACUUCUCUUCUGCUGGCUUCAAGAACUCCUUCGGUCUGGACCCUUCUCCUGCCAACUUCAUCGCGCCGGGCAAACGCCCUCUGUCGUCUAUGAGCCCGAGCAUCAUUGUAGAUAACAUGGGGAACGCUAAGAUGGUGAUCGGAGCCUCUGGGGGCACGAAGAUCACGACUGCUGUUGCUAUGGUGAUAAUACGCAAGCUGUGGUUCGACCAGACCAUCAAAGAGGCCGUGGAUGAGGCCCGCAUCCACCACCAGAUCUUCCCAAUGACUGUGGAGUACGAGUUUGGAGUUGUAGAGGAUAUCGUGAGGGGCCUUCGCGAGAAAGGCCACGGCAUGGUUCGCUACAGAGGCAGGGGUUCCAUAGUCUGCGCCCUUUACCGAAACAGGACUGGCAUCUUCGCCAAUGCUGACUUCAGAAAAGGCGGGGACGUGGCUGGUAUGGACUAGAUAGUCCAGGGAAACUGUCAAGGGUGGCUCUAUGAUUACCUAAAAAUUAACGGCCCUAUAUGUUUGCUCGAAGAUUGAUUUUGAUAGUCAUUUCAACAUUAAAAUUAGCAUGCUUAAAACGAGCGUGCUAAACAAUUCGAAAUGAGCAUGCUUAUUAUUACCAAUGUUUCGACACACAUGCUACUAUGUAGCAAUUUCACAAUAAUGGUAUGCUUUCGUGCUAGUAAUGAGCAUGCAUAACUGUACCUUAACUUGGCCUACAGAUUUGAUCGAACAGUCUUCAAAACAAUUAAAAAUCGUGUAUUGUAUUGGAACGCUCAAUAAAAGUACGAUAGGUCCUUUUGUGAUGAAGCAACAAAGGUAUAUUUAAUGUAUAAUAUCUCAAAUUUUAUAGAGCCUACCCUUGGGACAGAGUUAGUAAUACUACAGAGACAGGAACAAGUAAAUCAUUAGAGAGUAAUCUUAAAACCAGUCUUUUUGGAAAUAAGUAGAGAUGUCUUGAUAUCAGUGUUGUCGGUAUAAGAAUCUUGUCUCAGUCUCAAUCCUAACAUGCAACUUGUUUUAUCCUGAUACAAAAAUGCGACAAUAUUACAUUCUUUAAGUGAAAGUAUAAUUAAAUUAAACUUAUAGUCUGAAAUGUGCUCGGCAAUUAUGAAUGGUAAAAUGGUGCGGUUGUUCGGAAACAUAAGGAAUGUGAUAGAUAGAGUAUCUUUAGAAUAGGAUUCUAAAAUUAUCUAUAUCACAAGUCUGAAUCUCGUUUAGGUGAUAUUUGAUAUUCGACCUUAUGGUCAUCUAAAACACUUUUCCCAGUAACUCAUUUUUUAAUCUGAGGCCGAAUAAGUUUUUUGAAAGAAGGAACAGAAAUACAUUUUGUACAUAAUAUUCAUUGAAUGUCCAUUUUUAAUACUAAAUUAAGAUGCCAAGAAUGCGUUCUUACAAACCUAGCAUUUACUUUACAAAUAAUUCUGACUUAUUGUUAGAUUAGAUGAUCAAUAGUUGUAAGCUAAUUUUGGACGAGCAAUUCUACAAGCUAAUUACAAUUACGCCCGUAUUUACAAACAUUACUAUGAGGUCUCCCAGUGCGCGUGGACGCACAGGGUGACACACGCACGAACCACACAGAGCUCUAUUCAAUGCUGUGCGUUCGAUUUGCUGCUUUACUAAAGCAAGCAUUGUUUGUGAAUACGGGCGUUAGUCACAAACAUACGCACAAAAAGAUUAUGGUCCUUCGAGUGUAAAAAAGCCACAGUAACAUUUCUUACAUAAAUAUAAGCUUGUAUAUCGUUCGUCUAAACCUAGCUGUAAUAGAAUGAGUGUCUAUAAUAUGAAAGUGUCACAAUGUAUGUCCGAAUGCUUCAAGUGUGCCCGCCGCUCCCAGUACUACUGCAGUAUUAAGUAAUUUAUCGGUAUCCAAUACCACGUAUGACUAUACUAGGUAUGCAGUCGUUAUUAAUAAAUUUUACAUGUUAA